CCAGUCACGUGGGCGAUGCCGGGGACAUACGCAUGCGCUUUCGCUUCAGCCUUGGAGAUUGCAGUCUACCAGGAUCUAUCCCAGAUGGAAAACAGGUAAGGAACAAUCUGAAAUUUGGUUCGUGAAGAAGAUAGAAGUGGUGACUGGUAAAAGUGCAGGUCAUUUUCCUGAAGGAAACCGGCUUGAGGAAAUUGACAUGAAAUCAAUAUUAAAGUUUAUUACCUACUCCCAUCACAAUCUGUAGUCUACAAAAGAACUUCUCAGGAGUUCACCUGUAAAGCAAUACGAAGAUAAUUUCAAAAUGUCCAGCAAAGAGGUGAAGACUGCUCUAAAAAGUGCAAGAGAUGCAAUCAGAAAUAAAGAAUACAAAGAAGCUUUGAAACAUUGUAAGACAGUGUUAAAACAAGAGAAAAAUAACUAUAAUGCCUGGGUUUUUAUUGGUGUUGCUGCAGCUGAGCUAGAACAACCUGAUCAGGCCCAGGGUGCCUAUAAGAAAGCGGUGGAACUAGAGCCAGACCAACUACUAGCCUGGCAGGGGUUAGCAAGCCUGUAUGAGAAGUGUAGUCAAAUGAAUGCUAAGGAUGAUUUACCAGGUGUUUACCAGAAGCUCCUGGAUCUUUAUGAAAGUGUUGACAAACAGAAGUGGUGUGAUGUCUGUAAGAAACUUGUGGAUCUGUAUCACCAAGAAAAGAAACACCUAGAGGUGGCUCGAACAUGGCACAAAUUGAUUAAGACAAGGCAAGAGGAAGGUGCAGACAACCAAGAGCUUUACCAGCUCUGGAGGAAAUUGACUCAGUUGCUGGCAGAGGGUAUAGAAGAUCAGAAUAAUGAAACCCAGCAAUUGCUUUUGACUGCAUUUGAGAAUGCCCUGGGCUUAUCAGAUGAGAUUCCCAGUGAAGAUCACCAGCAACUUUAUAGGCAUUUUAUUCAGUGUUUAUCCAAAUGUCCUCAUGAGACUGCUAGGUUGAAAAAGGCCUGUGAAGGAAUGAUAAACAUCUAUCCUACCCUACAGUAUCCAUUAGAAGUGCUUUGUUUACGUUUAAUUGAGUCAGGAAAUGUUGCUGAUGAGGAACAGCAGUACUUUUGUAAACUAGUAGAAAUGAAUUCAAAAAGUGGUCCAGGCCUCAUUGGCAUAGGCAUUAAAGCAUUACAAGACAAAAAAUAUGAAGACGCUGUCAGGAAUCUAACAGAAGGGUUAAAGGAAAGCCCUCUAUGCACAAAUGGGUGGUAUCAUCUGGCAAAAGCCCAAGUCAAAAUGCAUAGACCUAAGGAAGCUGUUAUUUCAUGCAAUCAAGCUCUGAAGAACAUAGAUAAUCCUGGUGUGCCUGGUGGCAGUCUUCAGCAGAAGAAUCUUUGUCUUUGUUUGAAAGCAGAGGCUCUGAUUAAACUCUCAGACUGUGCAUCUUCAGAAGAAGCAAUUCGUGCUCUUGAUCAGGUUUCAGAUGCAAAUAAUGUCCCAGGACUUUUGGUUCUCAAAAGCUUGGCCUAUCUGAACAAAGGCUCCUUAGAUGAAGCUACAAAGAUUAUGGAAGAUCUACUCCUGUCUCACCCCAACCUAGCUGAAGCUCAUGCGCUCGAGGCCUUGAUUCAUUUUACCAAAAAGGAUUAUCUACAAGCAGAAAAGUGUUUCCAGAGAGCAAUUGAAAAAGACACUGAAGUUGCUGAGUAUCAUUACCAGCUUGCGUUAACAUACUGGUUCAUGGGCGAGGACACAAGAAAGGAUAAAACAAAGGCUCUCACCCAUUUUCUGAAGGCUGCAAGACUGGAUACAUACAUGGGCAAAGUUUUCUGCUAUUUAGGUCAUUAUUACAGAGAUGUAGCAGGAGAUAAAAACAGAGCCCGUGGAUGCUACAGAAAAGCUUUUGAAUUAGAUGACACUGAUACUGAAUCUGGAGCUGCAGCAGUUGACCUAAGUGUGGAGCUUGAAGAUACGGAAACUGCCUUAGCUAUCCUAACUACAGUAACUCAGAAGGCAAGCGCUGGAACGGCAAAAUGGGCCUGGCUUAGACGAGGACUGUACUACCUGAAGGCUGGUCAGCAUUCCCAAGCAGUGGCUGAUUUACAGGCAGCAUUAAGGGCAGACCCAAAGGAUUUCAAUUGCUGGGAGUCCUUAGGAGAGGCAUACUUAAGCAGAGGUGGCUACACAACAGCCUUGAAGUCCUUCACAAAAGCCAGUGAGCUGAACCCAGAAUCCACAUACAGUGUGUUUAAGGUUGCAGCAAUACAGCAAAUCCUAGGCAAGUAUAAGGAGGCCAUAGCUCAAUACCAGCUGAUCAUUAAAAAGAAAGAAGAUUACGUGCCUGCUUUCAAAGGUUUGGGCGAAUGCCAUCUUAUGAUGGCAAAAGCAGCUUUAGUUGAUUAUCUUGAUGGGAAAGCUGUAGACUACAUAGAAAAAGCACUGGAAUAUUUUACUUGGGCUCUACAGCAUCGAGCUGAUGCAUCUUGCCUUUGGAAGCUGGCUGGGGAUGCUUGCACCAGUCUCUAUGCUGUUUCUCCAUCAAAAGUGAAUGUUAAUGUUUUAGGUGUCCUUCUAGGUCAGAAAGAAGGGAAACAAGUGUUAAAGAAAAAUGAGCUGCUCCAUCUUGGAGGAAGGUGUUACGGUCGUGCACUAAAAUUGAUGUCUACAUCCAAUACCUGGUGUGACCUUGGGAUUAAUUAUUAUCGCCAAGCACAGCAUUUAGCAGAAACAGGCAGCAACACGAGUGAUCUCAAAGAGCUUUUGGAGAAAUCUUUGCACUGUCUGAAAAAGGCAGUGAGACUGGAUAGCAAGAAUCACUUAUACUGGAAUGCUCUUGGGGUGGUUGCGUGUUACAGUGGCAUUGGAAAUUAUGCCCUUGCUCAGCACUGUUUCAUCAGAUCGAUCCAGUCCGAACAGAUUAAUGCUGUUGCAUGGACCAACUUGGGAGUGUUAUACCUUGCAAGUGAACACAUUGAGCAAGCUCAUGAAGCUUUCAAAAUGGCUCAGUCCCUUGAUCCAUCUUACUUAAUGUGUUGGAUUGGACAAGCUCUUAUUGCAGAGACAGUCGGAAGUUAUGACACCAUGGAUCUCUUCAGGCACACUACAGAGCUCAACAUGCAUACCGAGGGAGCCAUAGGUUAUGCAUAUUGGGUGUGCACAACGUUGCAAGAUAAAAGCAACAGAGAAACGGAGCUGUACCAGUACAACAUCCUGCAGAUGAACGCGAUCCCAGCAGCACAGGUUGUUCUGUGCAAAUAUGUGGAAAGAAUUCAGAAUUAUGCUCCAGCUUUCACAAUGUUGGGUUACUUGAAUGAACAUCUGCAACUGAAAAAGCAAGCAGCAGAUGCGUACCAAAGGGCAAUUUUGUUGUUACAGACUGCAGAAGAUCAAGAUACUUACAAUGUUACCAUAAGAAACUAUGGCAGAUUGUUAUGUUCCAUUGGAGAAUAUGAUAAAGCCAUCCAGGCUUUUAAGUCAACACCCCUUGAAGAGUUAGAAGACAUCAUAGGUUUCGCGUUGGCUUUAUUUAUGAAGGGGCAAUAUACAGAGAGCAGCAAAGCCUAUGAGAGAGCCUUGUCUAUUGUUGAAUCAGAGCAGGACAAAGCCCAUAUCUUAACAGCUCUGGCAAUAGCAGAAUAUAAACAAGGAAAAAUGGAUGUAGCCAAGUCACUGCUAUUCAAAUGCUCUAUCUUAAAGGAGCCAACCACCGAAAGCCUCCAAACGCUCUGUGCCCUAGGGUUGGCAAUGCAGGACGCUACGCUGUCAAAAGCAGCCCUUAAUGAGCUGCUGAAGCGCAUCAAACACAAAGACAGUGACUAUCCGCGGAGCCUCCUGACUGCGGCCAUCUACGCAUUGCAAGGCCGCUGUGUGGCUGUGCAGAGACAAGCGUCGAAAGCUGUUCACAGUAACCCAGCUGACCCGGCACUUUGGGCUUUGUUAUCCCGAGUUGUUGCUCAGUACUCUCAGCGAAAUGCAAAGGGAGGUGCUGUCGCAGGAAAUGUGGCUCAUAUUCUGGAUUCAAAUCAUGGAAAGAAGGCGUUACUAUACACUGCCGUGAAUCAAUUGGCUAUGGGAAGCAGGUCAGCAGAAGAGGAAAAAAAUAUUGCGCUGAAGACCAUUCAAAAGGCAGCGCUUCUUUCUCCAGGUGACCCUGCUGUCUGGGCUGGGCUGAUGGCGGCCUGUCACGCAGAUGAUAACCUGGCUCUUGUGAACAACACUCAGCCCAAGAGGAUGGAUUUAUACCUGGCUCUGUUAUCUGCUGUUUCUGCUUCAAUUAAGGACAAAAAAGUUCUUGAAAAUUACAACCAAUCUCUUGAGAAGUGGUGCCUCUCACAAGCUGUCACUGGUCUACUUGAUACGGGAAGAACAGCUGAAGCUGAAUCUCUCUGCACAAAGAAUUUGAAAAGUAACCCUGAUCAACCAGCUGUUAUCCUACUUUUGAGACAAGUUCAGUGUAAGACACUCCUAGAGUCACAAAAACCACUCCCAGAUGCUGUACUUGAGGAACUGCAAAAAACAGUCAUGUCCAACUCCACCUCCGUUCCAGCUUGGCAGUGGCUGGCGCAAGUGUAUCAGUCUCAAGGAAUGAUGAGUGCUGCAGAGAUGUGUUACAGAAAGAGCCUGCAAGUGGCGUCCCAGCAGGGCAGUUGGAGCGGGAAGCUCUCAAGUCUGUUGAAACUAGCACUGCUUGCAUUAGAAGUCUGCAUGGCUAAUAUUUCCAGUGAUCACUGGCCAUCCUUGGUUCAAGAGGCGACAGCCGAAGCAAUGAAACUUUGCUUUUGUCCGCUGGCUGUUCUUUUGCAAGCUUUAUUACAAUUCAACCGCAAAAUGGGGGCAAGAGAGACACGGCGACUUUUGGAGAGAGUCGUGUAUCAGCCUGGGUAUCCCAAAUCUAUUGUAUCAACUGCACGUUGGUACCUGCUGAGACAUCUCUACGCCAAAAAUGACUAUGAGCUUAUUGAUGUACUGGUAAAAAAUGCUGAAACUCACGGAGACGCAAGAGCGCUGGAAUUGAAUCAGAAAUUGUCCUUGCAAUAACGGUGGAUGAUCUUAUAAUAGAGAAGCAAAGAAAUAGUUAAAAGAAUGAAGCAGCGAAUCAAGACUUUUCCCCAAAGCAACAUAUUUUAAAAUUAUAAUCAUUCAUACUUAUUCUUUUUUUAAUCUAAGGAAGUUGAAGUUCUUAAAUUAGGGACCCAAUUUUCCAUUGACUCUUAAUCAGAUUUUAACCUGAAAAACAUCUUCGAUUUGGAAGUCCAUAAUGAAAAGAAAACCACGACUCUCUUCGUUGCUCUAGAGUUAUUUCUAAGCCAUUAUUUUUUGUGUCCUGCAUGGUGCAUAAUAGGGUAUCAUGUUUUGGUAAUGCCUUACAGUAAUGCCUUUAUAGCCACUUUCUGAAUAAUACGUUAAAGCAAUUUUCAUUGGUUAAAAAAUAAAGUCAAAGAUUUACUUUCUCCUGUGAAUCCUGAAGCUGCACACACCAACUCAUCACGAAGUACAAAUGAUCUCAAGAAGCAUACUGUUAAUGUGAGUCGUUGCCUGCCGGUGGAUAUAUUUCUGUAAUUCACAACACUCAGGUGUGUGGCUGCAAUUAAAAACUGUAAUGGAAACUUUGUGGAAAGCAGUGCUGACAAUAUUUAAUCAAUCAUGCACUUCAUUCAUUGUGAUGAAAAUUCUUGAACUUUCUGAAAUUAAAAAAGUCUUGUUUUCUUCGUAGUGUCAGUAUGAGGCAUAAUUUCCUAAUUCUAAACUUUAAAACAUCAAAGUACAGUGUCUUGUGUUCCCCCCAAAACAGUGUGGUUUGCAGAUCUGUUUUAGUUUUUGCACAUUAAAAAAAUGUGGAAAUUUUGUUUUGAUAAAGCUGACCCUUGUCUUUCUGCCAGUCCUGCAUUCUCCCACCUGAGUUGCUGGUGGACAGAAGGCUGCUCAGCUUUCCUGCCGUGUUCCGUGUAAGGUGUAGAACUCAGCUGCAGUGUAUAAAUGGGUCCUCAAUUUGCCAGAGAGUUUUUUUUCCCUCUGCUUUUCUUUAUGUACUUUUAAAGGAUGCAUUUGUGUAUCAUAUACAGUACAACUUUUCCUCAUACUUGCACAUAUUUUUGUAUAGUUGAAAUAAUGUUGGAGUCGAGGGCUGAAGGGGUAUUUUCGUGGGUGAGGUCCACAGGAAAAAGAAAGCAUGCCGACAUCAGCAACAGCAAGCAAGCGCUUUAUUGUUUUUUUGUUUGGCCCUUGUAUUGGCUGUUAUCAGACAUUACGUUCUCGUGCGCUAACAUAACCGUGUAGCGCAUGCGUAGUUGUCUGUGCUCGGCCAUGCUCAUGUACGUGUAACCCAUUGUGCUCCUGCGCUAGACUGCAGGGUUGUGUCCUUAUGCGUCCUCAGAUGUCCCGGGCUUUAAAGCAGUCUGGCUCCGCACAGAUACGUCAGAAAAAGUUUAGAGUAUGCGCCCCAUUUUUGCUUUAGAAAAUAAUAUCUGUCUUACCUCAAGAUCACUAAUGGUGUGUAGCUGAGUUUUCUAGAAACGUGAAGCUAUCUUUAGACUUCAAAGUAUUUUUAAGUUGGAAAAUUUUUCUCUUUAACAAAUAACAAGAUAAUUUGAAAUAUUUUUCCUUAAUAAUUUUAACCUUAGAACUGAAAAUACCUAUUGGUUUUAAUGAAGGGAAAUGGUUGCAGAAGAGGGAUAAUUAAAAUUGCAAUAUCCACAGAAGCAAAGGUUGGGUUCCAUAUAGCAUCACAGGACUGUGGGAUGAUUUGUAUGUCAUGAUCUUUACUGAAUUUGCAUUAGUAAAACCGUUAAUGUGGCCUUCA